GAUAUUGAUACACGAAGUUGAUGUUUAUGUUUGUAAUGUAUGUGCGUGUUUGUCAUUGACCUUUGUAAUGCGUGCGUUUUGUACUGUAUGUACGGUUCACCGUGCGUUAGCAGUAUGAGAACAGACUUCAGAAAGAAAAUUGAAGACUUCAGCUUGGAUGUGAAGAGACAUUCAGUAUCUAAUAGAAGUGUUCACUACGAAUAACAACGGGAAUUUUGCAUCCGAAUUUGAAUUGAACUUAAAGAUAUCAUUGUAUGCGUCGUUCCCAAGAAUUGUACCAUGCAGUCUUCGGGACACAGACGUCUCCGUAUAAAUGCUGUGCGUGGGAAAUCAUGCUUCAUGUGUGAGAUCUUCGAACGUCCGUAAUGCCACGCCGGUAUUGAUUUGCACGUGUAUUUCGGAAAUUUAUUACGUGCGCGUUACAGAACCACUUUUAAAUUUUGGAUCAAAAAGCUUGAAUCUGUAAUUUUAUCGUACAGUAUGUUAUUUCACUUUAUAAAGAACCUUGUGUUGCGUAUAUUAUGUUUGACGUGAAUACUUAGAAUUAGCAUAGUAUCUGUACUUUAAAGUUAUAAAAGCAACAAAUUCUCUCUCUCUCUCUGUCAUACACAACAAUGGCGAGUUUUCCAAAACGUAAGGAGAUAUAUAAAUACGACGCACCGUGGCCUCUGUAUAGUGUGAACUGGUCUUUAAGACCAGACAAACGUUUCCGUUUGGCAUUGGGUAGUUUUGUGGAGGAAUACAAUAAUAAGGUACAGAUUGUGUCUUUAGAUGAAAAUGCAUCAUCAGAAUUCACUGCUAAAAGUACAUUUGAUCAUCCAUACCCCACAACCAAAAUAAUGUGGAUACCAGAUAGUAAAGGAGUGUUCCCCGACCUCCUCGCAACAAGUGGUGAUUACUUACGUGUGUGGCGGGCAGGAGAGCCAGAAACUAGGCUAGAAUGUGUACUAAAUAACAACAAGAAUUCGGACUUUUGUGCACCAUUGACUUCGUUUGACUGGAAUGAGGUAGAUCAGAAUCUAAUUGGAACGUCUAGUAUUGAUACUACUUGUACAAUUUGGGGCCUAGAAACAGGGCAGGUAUUGGGCCGAACCAGUUCAGUGACAGGUCAUGUAAAAACACAAUUAAUAGCCCAUGACAAAGAAGUUUAUGAUAUUACUUUCAGUCGUGCUGGUGGUGGUCGUGAUAUGUUUGCCUCGGUGGGUGCUGAUGGCUCAGUCAGAAUGUUCGAUUUACGACAUUUGGAGCAUUCAACCAUAAUAUAUGAAGACCCGCGACAUACACCACUUCUUCGUUUAGCGUGGAACAAGCAAGAUCCCAACUAUUUGGCUACAGUUGCAAUGGAUGCUACAGAAGUUAUAAUUCUAGAUGUGAGGCUCCCAUGUGUACCUGUUGCACGCCUUAAUAACCAUAGAGCAUGUGUUAAUGGUAUAGCCUGGGCACCACACUCGUCUUGUCACAUAUGCACGGCAGGUGAUGAUCAUCAGGCCCUUAUCUGGGAUAUUCAGCAAAUGCCCCUGGCAAUAGAAGAUCCAAUUCUUGCCUAUACUGCUGCUGAAGGAGAAAUUAAUCAGAUACAAUGGGGUGCAACACAGCCUGAUUGGAUAGCCAUUUGCUACAAUAAAUGUCUAGAAAUUCUACGUGUAUAAACUGUUACAGACUUAUGUAUUUCAGCAGUUAUUAAGCUAUUUCACAACACACUAACCAGGAAAAGUUUGUAACUUAAAAAUUGUGAUAUUUACUUUGUACAAAUAAGAUUUCAAAUCAUAUCGUUCCAAUAUUGAUAUCUUCCAUUAAAAUAAUACUCUGUACGUAUCACUGUUAUAAAUAUAAAUUUAGAAUUCAUUGACUAUGCAUUUCUAAGUUAAUUUCUGUAUGAAAUUUGGCACUGAUAAAAUGGAGUUGAUUGUAACUUUUAGAACCCAUAUCAGAUCUUGCUCAUUUAGCAAGCUGUAGUUAGCACACACGUUGUAUUUUGUGAGAAGUCCGGCAUGAGAAAUCUGCAAGAUUGGUAAAAGAUAAAAAUGGUCUCUGUGACUAGAAUAAAAUGUAAUGAUGUAAUAAGAGAAGUAGAUGUUCAGUAUACAUAUUUUGGCAGUGUGGAUUCUCUUUGCAUCAUACAUUUCAGGAAUGAAAUAGGUAGGUCACGCAAAGUUCGUUAUUUGUAUUGCAAUUUCAGUGCCAAAUGUGUCUACUAAAUGUUGUAUGAGUUAAAUGAAAGUGUCAUUACCCUUACUAAUCAUAUUUAUAAGUUACGUUUUUGAAUCAGUCAGCACAGUAUGGUAAAAAACACAUGUAACUUGGACAUUUUCUGUAGAGUAUUCUGUAACAUCUGUGAUGUUAUGAUGUAAAUUUAACUGAUAUGCCCUGUUUAUCCAGUAUAUGCAUAAGCAGACAAAGCAGAAUUAUGAAUUGUAAGAUAACACAGUAAUCAUCUGUAUAAUAUAUAGGUAACAGAGCAUUACAUUUCCUGGAGAAACAGAGAUAACUAAAUUAUUCUUGAAUUUAACUUCAGCAUUUAUGUUCUUUAAAAAGGUCACAUAUUUUUUGUAAGAUUUGAUGAGAUGAAAACUAAUGACUAUACAACUAGUAUUACAUGUAACUAGCAGACAUUGUGUGACAUUUGUAUAAAAUAUGACCAUACGACCAAUAUUACAUGUAACUAGCAGACAUUGUGUGACAUUUGUAUAAAAUAUGACCAUAUGACCGUAUCAAACUACAAUAUGGAAUUAAAAGUAGUGUUGCUGAAAUCAAGUGCUUUAAUGCAUUACGAAUACACUGUAUUUUGCUUCACAAUUGAAAUAUGUAGAUAUUCGUAUAAUCUAAAUAGUUUCAUUAAAAUUUGAGCAAAUGUGUACUGUUUUCAAAAGUGUAGGUGAUAACAGAUAUCAGGUGAUGUUUGUCAACUGCGAUGAACCUAAAUCUCAUUUUCUUGGAGCAUUUAUGUAAUUGCUCUGGAUAGAUGGCAGUCUUUAUGUGAUAGAUUAUUCUUAUUCCUGUGUUUCUUCUUUCAUAUUUCUCACGAGAAACUUUCAGAAUUUAAUUAUCCUACAUUAACUAAUAUAGCCUAGUAUAUUCUCUGAUCUCAAAAUAGGUCCAAACAUUUCUUGUUGGUUCACACCUUUCAGUAAAUUUAUGUUUCUGUCCUUUCUGUAGUGUGAAUUUUAAGUAUGGAAUUUUUUUGCUCAGACAAUGAUAUAUCGUAGUUUAGCCAGCCAUAGGAAAUGCUAAAUCAUAAAUCAGUGUAUCAUGUUGAACUCUUUAGUGCCUGAUGAAUCACAUUUGCAUUGAAAAUGCAUAUCUGUUUUCGUAAAAUUCUUCUGUGUCAUGUUGGUACUGGUACCAACAUUUCAACUGCUUUUGCAAAUGGCAAAACUGCAACAAAAUUUUACAACAUGGCAUGGUCUGUAACCCAUAACAAUAUUAUGGAAAUCGACACAGGCUAUGAAAUGCUACAAAAUUACAGUUGUAUCCAGCCUUGAGCAAAGUUUUAUAUGUUUUAAAAGUAGAUUAGUCCCUCAUUAGAUUAUC